AUGAUAAAAUUUGCCGCUCCCGUUCUACCACAUGAAGCCACGGCACACAUCGUUCGAAUAAUAGACCAUCUCAAGGCGUCCAGAAAGGUAGUACGCGGUAGAAAAGCGUGCCAGAAGGCAAUAAAAAACAGAAAAAAAGGCAUUUUAAUACUGCCGUUCAACAUUUCACCAAGCGAUUUGAUAACACAUUUACCGAUGCUGUGCGAGAAUAACGGAGUGAAGUACUGCUAUGUUGAUGGAGAGGUGCUGAAAAAGGCUAGCAAUGUCAAUACGCCGAGUUGCUGCGUAUUUGUCAAGAAGAGUGCUGCUUAUCUUGAAGAUUACAACGUAGUGAAGAGCGCGAUUACAAGUGGUUGUAGUUAAAUUGUUUUAAGAGCA